AUGGAUCAAGAUGAACCAUUUGGUGGCAAAGUAAUAGUAUUUGGUGAGGAUUUCAGACAAGUUUUACCAGUAGUACCCCGCGCAACAAUAUCACAAACUAUUAGAGAAAGUUUAGUAAGCUCAUAUUUGUGGAGCAAAAUGAAAAAGUUGAAGCUAUCGAUGAAUAUGAGAGCAAGAACAAAUUCAACAUUUAGCGAAUUCCUUUUAAGAGUUGGAAAUGGAGAUGAACCGACAGUGGCUGAUGACCUAAUAGCAUUGCCCACUUCUAUUUUGAUAAAGAAUCAAAGUGAUGAUUUACCAGAAGAUUGUCUAAUAAAUGCAAUUUUCCUAUCUUUAGAUGAGAACUUUAAAUCCAUUGACUAUAUGAAAGAUCGAGCUAUCCUGGCAACAAAAAAUAAAUAUGUCGACAUGCUAAAUGAUAGAAUCAUAAAACAAUUUUCAGGUGAAGAAAAAGAAUUCUACAGCUUUGAUGAAGCAGUUGAUGACACUAAUCAUCACUACCAACCAGAAUUCCUAAACACAUUGCUACCAAAUGGACUACCACCCACAAGCUGGUAUUAA